AUCAAACGACAACAAACCGAAACCAAAAACUGAAGUUGUUUCGUGGUCAUUCCUUGACUUCAUUGGAUUUCUUGAAAGAACAUCUAGUAAAUCUAUGCGUUUUUGCUAGUUUUUAGCAAACAAAUAAUGUGCGGCUUGCGACAAGCCGUCCAAGUCGAGUGAAAUGGGUUUCCUAGAGGACACACUCAUUAUUUUGGCUUCACAGGUUGUUUUCUUUAUCGGAGGAUGGAUCUUCUUUGUGAAGCAGCUGUUUCGGAACUACGAGAUCCGGCAUGUGUUCGUGCAGCUGGUUUUCUCGACGACGUUCGCCCUCUCGUUGACCAUGUUUGAGCUGAUUAUCUUCGAAAUAAUCGGAUGUUUGGACUCGAGCUCGAGGUAUUUCCACUGGCGACUGGGGCUGACUCUGUUGCUGUUCAUGGUGAUUGCGUUGAUUCCGUAUCAUAUCGCUUAUUCCUGCAUCAGCAACAUCCGGAUUGUCCCUCAGAAAUGGGUGCAGCCAAUCACGACCAUGAUCUGGUUCUGCUACCUGUACGUGUUCUGGCGGAUCGGAGACCCCUUCCCGCUGCUCAGCGUCAGCAAGGGAAUCUUCACCAUCGAGCAGGCGGUCUCGCGGAUAGGCGUCGUCGGCGUGACCGUAAUGGCCGUGCUGUCCGGUUUCGGUGCCGUCAACUAUCCGUACAUCAGUAUGUCGUACUUUAUCCGGCCAGUGCUGCAGAGUGACGUGGCGAACAUUGAGCGACGGCUGAUGCAAACCAUGGAUAUGGUGCUGGUCAAGAAGAAGCGCAUCGCGCUGGACCGCAGGAGAACCAAGCCGAACGCCAAACCGGGGAUUUGGGGUAUGAUAAGCAGUGUGACGCAGCGACCACCGGGAGCGGAGAAUAUCGGACAACUCCGGCUGGAGAUUUCAGCUCUAGAAGAGCUGUCCAGACAGCUAUUCCUGGAAGCUCAUUCAAUGAAGAAUAUGCAGGAACGGGAACGAUGGGCGGGAACGCUUCAGGGGAAGUACUUCAACGUUUUGGGGCACUUUUUCAGUUUGUACUGUCUGUGGAAGAUCUUCAUCUGCACCAUCAACAUCAUCUUCGAUCGGGUCGGCAAGAAGGAUCCGGUCACGCGCGGUAUCGAGAUUGCCGUGCACUGGUGCGGGUUUGAGAUGGAUGUGGCCUUCUGGAGCCAGCACGUUUCGUUCAUGCUGGUGGGCUGUAUCGUUGUGACCUCCAUUCGGGGACUGCUGCUGACGCUGACGAAGUUUUUCUACAAAAUCUCGUCCAGCAAGUCGUCCAACAUCAUCGUACUGGUGCUGGCCCAGAUCAUGGGCAUGUACUUUUGCUCGUCGGUGCUGCUAAUGCGGAUGAACAUGCCGGCCGAGUACCGGACCAUCAUCACCGAGGUGCUGGGCGGGCUGCACUUUAACUUCUACCACCGCUGGUUCGACGUCAUCUUCCUCGUCAGUGCACUGACCACGAUCGUGAUCCUGUAUCUGCUUCACAAACCGCCAAACGUGGACACCAGCAUGUGAUCAUUUUAUCGAAGCCUGUGAAAAAGAGGACAGAUUAGAAAG